AUGGCUCUUAAGCGCAUUAACAAGGAAUUGAUUGAUCUUGGCCGUGACCCCCCCUCCUCAUGCAGCGCUGGUCCAUCCGGUGACAACAUGUUCAACUGGACAGCAACAAUCAUGGGUCCUGGGGACUCCCCAUAUGCCGGAGGUGUAUUCUUUUUGACAAUUCAAUUCCCUACCGACUAUCCUUUCAAGCCACCCAAAGUCAGCUUCACCACGAAGAUUUACCACCCAAAUAUCAAUGCAAAUGGCAGCAUUUGCCUUGAUAUUUUGAGGGAUCAAUGGUCACCAGCUCUGACCAUCUCAAAGGUGCUGCUGUCCAUCUGCUCGAUGUUGACCGACCCGAAUCCGGAUGACCCGUUGGUUCCUGACAUCGCUCAUUUGUACAAGACGAAUCGGGCGCAGUAUGAAGCAACUGCCAGGGAGUGGACUCGCAAAAGACCACUAAAGCGGACCGAAUCGUUCGGAAAAGGGGGUAAUGCACUUAUUCCAGCGAUAUCUAUGCACGAAUCUCUCUUGGCACCAAAAGUACCCUCAAGAUUUUGCAGGGACAGAAUUGGGCCCGCCAAUAUCCCCGUGUUUAGUCCUGCACACGAGGUCACUGACAACGUGGGUCCAGAUUUUGACACGGUUGGGAUUGCGAGACCGGAUGCGGACGGAUUUGGUGUGGGAUCGUACUUGGACGAAGCCCAAGUAUCUACCAAGCAGGAGUCGAUGCCGACUCCGCCAUCGCUCACGGAAAUCAUCCCACGAAUCGAGAUGCUUGUCGAAGGCGGCCGACAUCUCGAACUAUGGGACGCAAAACCAGAGUUGUCUGCGCGCGUCAAUGGCUGCGUGAGUCUCAGCCGCAAAACAAUGCGGACUAUUGUGGACGGGCGCGGGGUUGAGAUUGUUUUGAGGGGCAUAGCCAUAACUGCAUCCACGGCAGAGAACCCUCGUCGAUGCGAGAACAAUCACUUUGAUACGGUCCACCCUGAAUGGCACGUCGGCGGUUUAAGCGGAGGCCAGCAAGUUCCGGGCCGUGCGGUCUGGUUCGGCCCAGGAGCGACUGGCUCGGCGUUGGGAGCCGGUCGUGCAAGGGCCGACGAGUUUUCUGUGCCCUUUCACAUUGACAUACCGAUGGGCUUGGUUCAAGCUCGGCGCGACCGUAUUAUCGUUGUGGCUGCGAGCGCGAUCUUUGGUUCAACACAUCGCCCUGACGUAGUACGCCGGGUCGAGACUGAAGUACUCCAGCUUACGCUAUCGAACCUUCAGUCGAACGAAGUGAAAAUUCCUUUGUGGAGAUAG